AAACUGCGGAGCUGGGUCUCCCAGGCAUCACCGGGAAGUGCUUCCAGGAGCCAAUAACUGCCAUUGAGCGGCUGUGUCUGUGGAGUGAUGUUUCCUUGCUGUAUUUUAUGCCGGUUUGGCUUCUAACGUGACAAACGGCUGAAUCAUGGUGCCGCAUCCCAGCAGUUGAUGAAACCUUUGCUCCAUGAUGACUGCGGUGAUGUGGAAGGAGACCUGUCUGAUAGCUACCCUGGUUCUGGGCUGCUACUGGAACAGUUUGUCCUGUGGCUUCGUGUUCGAUGAUGUCUCGGCCAUCCUGGAUAACAAGGACCUGCGGCCGUCGACGCCGCUGCAAAACCUCUUUCUCAACGACUUUUGGGGGACGCCCAUGUCUGAGGAGCGGAGCCACAAGUCAUACCGGCCGCUGACUGUGCUAACCUUCAGGCUGAACUAUGCCCUGAGCGAGCUGCAUGCUGCCUCCUACCACCUGCUCAACGUGCUGCUACACACGGUUGUGUGUGUACUCUUCUUGCAAAUCAGCCACCUGCUGCUGCUGCAUCGGUCCUGCAGCCUGGUAGCGGCGCUGCUCUUUGCCGUGCACCCCAUUCACACAGAGGCGGUCACUGGUGUUGUUGGCAGAGCUGAACUCUUGUCAUCUAUAUUCCUCCUGGCAGCAUUUUUAACUUACACUAAAUCCAAAGGUCCAGACCAUUCUGUUGUCUGGACCCCCAUUGCCGCGACGGUGCUUUUGGUGGCUGCAGCCACACUGUGCAAAGAGCAGGGAAUCACUGUCAUCGGCAUCUGCUGCAUCUAUGAGGUCUUCGUUGCUCAAGGGUUCACCCUGCCAAUGCUGACUGAUGCCAUUCUCCAGCUCCUGCGAGGGAAGGAUAGCUUGCCGUACUCCAUUCUGCAGACCUUACUGAAGCUCAUCGUUCUCAUCAUCACCACACUGCUCCUGGUCAUCAUCCGCGUUCAGGUCAUCCAGUCCCAGCUGCCCGUGUUUACCAGGUUUGAUAACCCUGCAGCUGUCAGUCAGUCACCCACAAGGCAGCUGACAUUUAAUUACCUCCUGCCUGUGAAUGCGUGGCUACUGCUGCACCCCUCUGAGCUCUGCUGUGAUUGGACUAUGGGCACCAUCCCCUUGGUGGAGUCCAUCUUGGACGUCCGUAAUCUGGCCACAGCAACAUUCUACUUGCUGCUGGGUCUGCUGGCUUUCCACUGCCUGCGCUCUUCCAGCAGGUCCUCCAAGAUCGUCGUCAUGGCCCUGGCUUGGAUCGUCCUUCCUUUCAUCCCUGCCUCGAACCUUUUCUUCCCUGUGGGCUUUGUGGUUGCUGAGAGGGUUCUCUACAUCCCUAGCAUGGGCUUCUGCAUCUUAGUGGCCCAUGGAUUCGAGAUACUUUCUCAUAGUAGGAACCUGAAGAAGGUCUCGUGGUUCUUCAUGGCUGCCAUCCUCACAGUCCAGUCUGUGAAGACGUUUAACCGGAACUGGGACUGGGAGUCCGAGUACACGCUCUUCACCUCAGCUCUCAAAGUGAAUAAGAACAACGCCAAGCUCUGGAACAACGUCGGUCACGCUUUAGAGAAUCAGAAUCAUUAUGAAAAAGCUCUGAAGUAUUUUCUGCAGGCCACCAGAGUUCAACCAGAUGACAUCGGUGCUCACAUGAAUGUGGGCAGAACCUACAAGAACCUGAACCGGACCAGGGAGGCUGAGGAAGCUUAUCUGACAGCAAAGUCCCUUAUGCCGCAGAUCAUUCCUGGGAAGAAGUAUGCUACCAGAGUAGCCCCCAACCACCUCAAUGUGUACAUCAACCUGGCAAAUCUGAUCCGCGUGAACGACUCGCGUUUGGAGGAGGCCGACCAGCUGUACCGACAGGCCAUCAGCAUGAGGCCGGACUUCAAACAGGCCUACAUAAGCAGAGGGGAGCUUCUCCUUAAGAUGAAUAAGCCUUCGGAGGCUCGUGAUGCCUACUUGCGGGCCCUAGAGCUGGAUGGGACCAACGCCGACCUGUGGUACAACCUCGCCAUUGUCCACAUCGAGAUGAAGGAUCCUGCAGAGGCUCUGAAGAACUUCAACCAGGCUCUGGAGCUGAACCCCAAACACAAGCUGGCCCUCUUCAAUUCGGCUUUGCUGAUGCAGGAGUCUGGUGAGCCGCGCUUUAGACCGGAGGCCAAUCGACGGUUCCUCAGCUACAUUGAGGAGGAGCCAGAAGACGCUAAUGGCUACUUCAACCUGGGCAUGCUUGCAAUGGAUGAGAACAAGAAUGAGGCGGCAGAGAAGUGGAUGAAGAAGGCCAUUGCGCUGCAGGCUGGCUUCCGCAGCGCCCUCUUCAACCUGGCAUUGCUGUACUCGCAGGCGAGGCGUGAGGUGGAGGCUCUUCCUGUGCUCGAUGAGCUGCUGCGCCAUCACCCCGAGCACGUGAAGGGACUCAUCCUCAAGGGUGACAUCCUGAUGAACCACAAGAAGGACACCAGGGGUGCCAGGGAGUGCUUUGAGAAGAUCCUGCAGAUGGACCCCACCAAUGUGCAGGGCAAGCAUAACCUGUGCGUGGUCUACUUUGAGGAGAGAGACCUGCUCCGGGCCGAGAAGUGCCUGGAGGAGACGCUGAUGCUGGCACCCCAUGAGGAGUACGUCCGCAGGCAUCUGAACAUCGUUCGUGGCAAGAUGGCUGCCAUGAGUGCAGCGGGCCACGGCCUGGCGCCCCCCACAGGUGGGGCUUCCUCACCGGGGGAUGAGAGCACUGUGCCUGUGAGCGAGAAGAAUACGUGGAAAUCCUCCAUGGCCAAAAGCAGCACCAAGACCGGGGAGCAGUCAAAGAAUCUGGAGAGCAGCCAGUCAGAGAAGAGGACUAAGACCAAGCCGUCAAAGGAAAUGAAGGACAUUGAGAAGAAGCGUGCGGCAGCCCUUAAAAGGCUUGAGGAGAUCGAGCGAAUAUUAAGUGGAGAUUAAGCUGGGUCGUCAGCAGCCUGCUUUUGCUGAGACAAUGCAAACAUGCUGAUGGAUAGGCCACCGUGUACCUGAGGAUUCGCUCGUCAUUCAUGCAUGCUGCCACAAUUCGAAGCAGAAAGAUUCAUGAAAGCAGUCCGUGGCUUAAAUUUAGUCUGAUUGUCAGAAGGAGCAGAAAGGGUUAAUAAAGAUGCAUGACAUUAAAAAGCACAAUUUUUGGAAAAACCCAUGACCUCCUUCAGAAUAAGCAGAAGAUGGAUGGAUCAACGGAUGGAUGGAAUUUCCAUUGAGGAAUUUUUUUUUCAUUUCAAAAUGUCAUGGUAUUAUAGUUUAUGGUUUUAAUUUCUGAUAUAUAAUAUGACAUGUUGUUAAUCACUGGAGUUGGAUUUGUAGUCUUUUUUUUCCCUCAGUAAAUGUGUUGGUAUCACACGCUUUAGGGAGCUAAUUGUCUCGUAUCCAGAGCCGGGUCUGUCUGAACCUAAAAUAGCUCGUCCGCAGCUGCACGCUCAUUCAGACAGCGCACUUCCUGUACAGUCACCAUGACGUCCCCUUAUUUCCUGUGCCCAUGGGCUGUACUGAUUGCCGUGCUGCUAGUGUACCAGCACUGUGGACUUCCUGCUUAUCUUAUGCCCCUAUCAAUGUUUGUUUUCUUUAAAGUUUCAAAACGCAAUGGAAUUUGUACUGGUUUAUAUAAAAAUGUGUGCGUGUGUAUAACUGUGAUCUUUGUCAACCUAGCCCUAAGACGGUUGUGUCUCAUCACCCAGUCAUAUUUAGACAUUUCAGUAUUGCAGCGUUGUUCUGGAUCUCACUACAGUCUGAUGUCACCACGUUAUCCUGCGCUUUUUUAUUCUCAAUUCCUUAAGAACUGUAAUCCUGCACUUUAGCAGUUUCAAAGACACCUAAAAGGAGUUUAUGAAAUGUGUUAUGAAAAGGAGCUUUUUCAGUUAUCAAUAUGACAAAGUAAAUAUUUGACACUAAAGCAAUAAACUUUUUCCUUCGGCUCAUAAUCAUUUUGUCAAAAGCCCCAAACACUGGACUGUCUGUCCUUUGGGCUGCCAUUUAUGAAACUAUAAUUCCCAUAUUUAGUGUUUUUGUUUCUACUCCCAGCUAUUUACUGUACUAUAAAUAGAAGAGCAUUAAUGAAAUCUGACUUUGUUCCUGUGAGUUAUCGCUUAAGGUGCUUCAGAGAUUCCCUGACAUUUUGAUGGUGAUAGAGACUGAUAUGCAAUCUUCACUGAAGGGCACUAUUAGGGUCUUUUAAUCGAUUAUACUGUGUUAUUUGGAUCAUGAGUGGUUAUGGGUAAUAAAUUUUAAAUAAAAGUGAUUUGAAACUA